AUGGCUACGAACGGAGCGCAGCAGACCUACCACCCCGAGGAGGUCCUCCAGGCCAUGCUGACCAUGCGGGGUGGGGACUCGGACAAGAAGCAGAAGGCCCACGAGUACCUUGGUGGAUUCCAGAAAUCGACGGGCGCAUGGACGACCACUAUUACGAUAUUACAGUCCAACGCAGAGGCCGAUGCCAAGCUCUUCGCCGCGACGACCCUGAGAGGAAAGAUAACAUACGACCUCUCAACCCAGGUUCCUGCGAUAGAGCAUGCGGCUGUGCGAACGCAACUACUAGAACUCCUGAAGCUGUUCGCGCCGGGACCUAAGCCCAUCAGAGUUCAGCUCUGCGUCUGUCUGGCAAUACUCGCGAUACAGAUGACGGAGUGGAAGGAUGUUCUUCCUCUAGUGGUAUCUUCGCUUGGUAAUCAUCCUGGAAGUCAUGCCUGCAUACUGGACUUCCUCCGGGUUCUACCAGAAGAAGUGACCGAGGGGCGCAAAAUCACCUUGACAGAAGAUGAACUCAACGCGAGGACCACAGAACUCCUUGGAGACAAUGCGCCUCAGGUGGUUCAACUCCUUAUCAACUACGCCCACUCGUCUCCGGAAGCUGCUUCCAAUCCGCAACUGCUCGAGUGCAUUACGUCCUGGCUGCGGGAGGUCCCUGUCAAUGAAAUCGUCAGCUCACCUCUGUUGAACAUCGUCUUCAAUGCUCUGGAGUCAGACUCGUCCUUCCAAGAAGCCGCGGAAUGUUUGUCGACUAUGGUCAAAGAAACGAGGGAAGUGGAUGACAACAUCGACACUAUCCAGGUGCUUCUACCAAGGAUCCUUGCUUUGAGACCGAAGAUCCAGAAGUUUGUCGAGGAAGAGGAUGCCGAGUCCUACAAAUCUUUGACAAAGGUGUUAGCUGACGCAGGUAUCUCUUGGGUCGUAGCCAUUGCUCGCGAGACCAGCCAUUUCAGGCCGUUGGUUGACACCAUUCUCGAGUGUGCCGCCAGAGACAAAGAUAGGGACGUCAUCGAGUACACCUUCGACUUUUGGUAUGAACUCAAGCAGUACCUGGUUCUGGAGCGAUAUAUACAAGCGCGUAUGGAACUGUUGGACGUGUAUUCGAAGCUGGUCGACAUCCUUCUGAAUCACCUCCAAUAUCCCGAGUCGGAAUCCGGUAACGAAGGAGACCUGUUCAAUGGAGACCGGGAAGCGGAAGAGAAAUUCCGCGAAUUCCGACACCACAUGGGGGACACUCUCAAGGACGCCUGUGAGGUGAUGGGUGUGACCGAAUGCCUCACGAAGGUACUGGAAUCCAUCACACUAUGGAUGCAAAAGUACGCCGGCAUGGCGAGUGGUGCCAAUGUGCCUCUUUGGCAGAAACUGGAAGCUCCUUUAUUCUCCAUGCGCGCCAUGGGCCGCAUGGUGGAUAAAGAUGAGAACAUCGUUCUGCCCCAGCUCAUGCCGCUCUUGGUGCAGAUGCCGAGUCACGAAAAGCUACGGUUUGCGACGAUCAUGGUACUGGGAAGAUAUACGGAGUGGACUGCUGCACACCCCGACUUCCUGAGUCCACAGUUCAAUUACAUCGUAUCAUCCUUCGACACAAGCUCUAAAGAGAUUGUUCGAGCUGCUGCCAUGGCGAUCAAGUACUUCUGUACAGACUGCAAAGAUCUGCUGAGCGAACAAGUCAUCCAAUUACAACAAUUCUACGACCAGAUCAUCGACAAGCUUCCCGAGAUCAGUCAAGAAGAGAUCACCGAAGGAGUGGCCAGUGUCGUUUCGGUACAGCCGAAGAGCGAAAUCUACAAGCUCCUGAAACUCUUCUGCGAGCCGCUCGUACAGAGGCUGAUGGUGAAAGCGAAUAAUGCGACAGACAAGGAGGGGAAGCUAGCGGUUGCGGACCACAUCCAGCUACUCACCAUGUUUGUCCAGAUCGUCGUCAUCGUUCCACCUGUCGAAAGGGGGGAAGAAGACCCCGCGGUCAAGUAUUGGCAAGAGGUUUUCCCUAUCCUAGCCAAGAUUUUGGAGAGCUUCAUGGACUUCCCUCCGAUCUGUGAGAGAGUCUGCCGCUGUUGGAGGCUAAUGGUGAUAUCCCACAGAGGAGCCAUGGCACCAAUAUUGCCGGAAAUGGCAAACAAGUUGGCAACUGGAUUUGCCACUUCGAAGCAAGGCUGCUUCCUGUGGGUUACUGGCGCCAUACUACGGGAAUUUUCCGACGACCGAGAGCAUGUCGACGAGGCAAUGACAGAACACAUCUACGUGUUCUUCGAGGCUCAAGCAACGAAUGUACUGCGGUAUAUUAGUGAUCUAUCACCGCAGGAGUUGCCUGACGUUGCCGAAGACUUCUACCGCCUUGCUCUCGAUGGCCUGCUAUACUAUCCCCAGAAGUUCAUUCCGUCCCCAGUAUUUGCGCCCGUCUUCGAAGCAGCCAUCUCGAUACUCGUUCUGGAGCAACGUGAGCCUGUGUCGGCCACUCUCCACUACAUCCGCGAUGUUCUGUCCUGGGGGGCGAAGUACUCACCGUCUUCAUUUGAGUAUCUAUCACCGGCGGUUGCGGAACAGAUGGGAAGCAUUGUGAAGCAACUGCUAGUUGCUCAAGGCGAGAUGCUGGUGAAGCGCAUUCUCGCCGGCAUGAUGAUCACCUUCCCGGGAGAUUGUUUUGCCGAUGCGAGUGGUGCCUUGCUUACCCUGUUCGAGAUAUUACCAGACCAGACGGCAGCGUGGGUAGAUCAAACACUCCGCAUGCUCCCUCCCGGCACCGUCUCUCCGGUCGAAGUUGACCGCCUCAUGGUUAAGAUCAAGGGCCGGCUUAAUGCCAACGAUACUGGUGAUGUUCGCCAGAUUCGCUCAAUCAUGCAAGAUUUCACCAAUACCUACCGUAGGAGAUACGUCGCUCCCCGGGAUGGACUUGGCCAGUUGGAGGGAUCGCGGUUCCGGUUCACUGGUUGA